CCGCUCUGCAGGAAGCCAUCUUGGAUCGUAGUUCCGUUUCCAGCCGAGGUAGUGCGAAUUUGCGGUCGGACCAUAACAUAACCUAAAGGUAGAUUCCUUUCAGUUCAGAACCUUUUUCUCUAUCUAAAAUAGUACAAUUAACAGUAUUCAAAACCUUGAUUUUGCCCAUAGUUUUUUAUGGGUUUGAAGGUUGAUCUAUAACACUAAGGGAGGAACGUGGACUGAGGGUGUUUGAGAACAGUGGCUGAGGAGAAUAUUUGGACCCAAAUGGGAUGAAAUGCUAGGAGGCUGGAGAAAGUUCCACAAGGAGAAGAAAUGGGCAGGGCAUGUAGCCCCAAUUUAAAAGACACACGGGGUUUUGGUAGGCAAACCAAAUGGAAAGAGACAACCAGAAGAUCUAGACGAGAAUGGAAUGGCAUGGACUGGAUUCAUCUGGCUCAAGAUUGGGACCAGUGGCAGGCCCUUGUGAACAUGGUAAUGAACCUUCAGGUUCUAUAAAAUGUUUGCAAUUUCUUGAGUGACUGGGAAAAUGUUGACUUCUCAGGAAGGACUCAUCGUUUUGGAAGAGGAGGGCUAUGUGACAUGUCCUAUGAUGCUGCCAAAAGUACCUAAUGGAGAAGUCCAGGAAGAUUUUAAGGAGAAAUGUAGAAUGGUUCUAGUGCUGAGUGGCGUGCUACAGGAGGAGGUGCCUCCCAACACGCGGACCUUAUUUCACAAUCAACCAUUUUAUAAGGACUCGGCAUCACAACUGCUUGCUAUUCCUACAAAGGUGGUAGGAUCUGUUGGCCUCCUCUAUGUCCAGCAAAGGGAAUUGGCAGUUACUGUACCCCAUGACAAAAAUGUAAAUAUUCUUGGGUCAGAUGACGUCACAACAUGCAUCGUUGCUCUCCGUCAUUCAGGUAAGUGUUUAAAUUAUAAGUUGCAGUAACUGUCAUACUGCAGCACAACAUAUUAGACAGUAUAAUA